UCCCGCCCUCAUUCCUAGUUUUAAACAUGGCGGCCAUGUCCACUCUCCCAACUCUCCUGCCGCCUGCGAAUUGACUCGGCCUAGCUCGGCCGACGGUGUUCCUUUCUCGCCCCUCUCGGAUGCCAACGUCGACCGCCUCCUCGCCGACACCUGACCCCGAGCCCCGCCCGGACUGCCGACCGCUGUAGCCUCCGCAGAGGGGCCCCUCGCUUCGUCGGCAUCUAUUUGGAGCCCAAGCGGCAGCCUGGAAGUCAAAGGCCUCCUCCGGCCGCGCAGCCGCCUUCCCCCGUCCGGAGCGAUGGUUUGACACGGAGCGGUCGAGCCGUCCUCAGCGCGAACGAUGUGUGAAAACUGCGCCGGGCUGGUGGAGGUUCUGAAUCAAAUUUCGGACGCAGACUGCAGCGAGGGCGGCUUCCAGCUGAAGAAGGAACAUGCGCUGCGAGUGUUGGCUCACAUCAGCUCGUGGACGCAGAGACAAUGUCUGUGCUGCCUGAAGGAGUACAAGCACCUCGAGGUCUUCAAUCAGCUGGUGUACGCGCUCAUCAACCUGGCGGUGGGCCAGAUCGGCGGCCUCAGGGACCGCCUCCGCCGCCAGGGCGCACCCGAGGGGGCGGCCGACCUUGACCAACGGGCCCCGCGCGAACCCCCCUGCUGGCCGGCCUCGCCCGGCGAAGACGAGCCCGUCAACGUGGAGCGCGACUCGGCGGAGGAGGACGACGCGGGGUCUCCGGACGGCGACCCGAAGCGGAAGCGGGCCGAGACCCCGAGCCGAGGGGGGCAGCGGGAGGAGGAGGAGGAGGCGCGGGAGGAAGGAGAAGAGGAGGUGGAGGAAGGCGGCGCGGCCGCGUUUGGCUCCUGGAGCGUUGACGAGCGAGAGAAGCUGCUGCUGUGCGCCGCCAAGAUCUUCCAGAUCCAGUUCCCGCUCUACACGGCUUACAAGCAUAACACGCACCCCACCAUUGAGGACAUCUCCGCUCACGAGAGCAGCAUCCUGGGCUCCUUCUGCGACAUGAAUGACGUGGAGGUUCCUCUGCACCUCCUGCGCUACGUUUGUCUGUUCUGCGGCAAGCACGGGCUGUCGCUGAUGAAGGAAUGUUUCCAAGCGGCCACGCCCGACAGCCUCCCCUUCCCCAUCGCGCACGCCUUCAUCACCAUCGUGUCCAACAUCCGAAUAUGGCUUCACAUUCCGGCCGUCAUGCAGCACAUCAUCCCCUUCCGCUCUCACGUCAUACGUUAUCUGUGCCAGCUGUCAGACCAGGAGCUGCGUCAGAGCGCGGCGCGCAACAUGGCCGACCUGAUGUGGAGCACGGUGAAGGAGCCCCUGGACAGCGCGCUGUGCUUUGACAAGGAGAGCCUGGACCUGGCCUUCAAGUACUUCAUGUCGCCCACGCUCACCAUGCGGCUGGCCGGACUGAGCCAGAUCACCAACCAGCUGCACACCUUUAACGACGUGUGUAACAACGAGUCUCUGGUGUCCGACACGGAAACGUCCAUUGCCAAGGAUCUGGCCGACUGGCUGAUUCACAACAACGUGAUUGAGCACCUUUUUGGACCGAAUUUGCACAUUGAGAUCAUUAAACAAUGCCAAGUGAUCCUUAACUUCCUGGCCGCGGAGGGCCGACUCAGCACGCAGCACGUGGACUGCAUAUGGGCCGCGGCUCAGCUGAAGCACUGCAGCCGCUACAUCCACGACCUUUUCCCUUCCCUCAUCAAGAACUUGGACCCGGUGCCCCUCCGCCACGUCCUGGACUUGGUCUCGAGUCUGCACCCUAGCGCGCACACUGAACAGACGCUCUACUUGGCCUCCAUGCUCAUCAAGGCUCUGUGGAACAACGCCCUGGCCGCCAAAGCCCAGCUGUCCAAGCAGAGCUCCUUCGCGUCGCCGCUCACCACCAACAUGGCCACAGGCAACAAGAAGGGCUCUCCGGCCGCCAGUCCCGACAGCAGCGACACGCAGCACAGCGCCAGCAGCGACGUGGACGAGCAGAUGAUAGCGGGAAGCAAACGGGGACAGCGGAGGCUUUCGGACACCGAGGAGUCCAUGCAGGGCAGCUCGGACGAGACGGCCAACAGCGCCGAGGAAGGCAGCAGCGGGCCGGGCAGCACCAGCGGCCACAGCGACGCCUCCAGCAACGAGGCCGCCUCCAGCAGAGCCAGCCGCUCGGCCGGCAGCCCCGCCAGCGACGUCCACUCGGACGACAUGGCCGACAGCGAGGCCCUCAAGGACGAGGAAGAGGAGGACGAGGAAGACGACGACGACGAAGAAGACGAGGAAGACGACGACGACGACGACGAUGACGACGAGGAGGAGGACGAUGACGACGACGAGGAGGAAGAAUUGCCUGCUGAUAACGGGACCGACAAGGCGCAGGUGCCAAAGGACCCCCGGGAGCAAGCGGAGUCGCGUAAGAGGAAGGCGGGCGAGGCUCUAGGCGAAGGCGCCAAACCAAAGGUCCUCCCCUUCAGCCCGGAAACGUCGGCCGUCAUGGCCGCGGCGGCCAUGACGGCUGCUUCCACCUCCUUGGAGAGUCGGAUGAGGAUGAUGGACGCGUGCGUGGCGUCCUCGUCCGCGCAGACCUCUCAGGCGAUUGACGGCAGCCAGGAGCCGGGCUGCGCGCCCCGGCCUGCCGACUUCAUGCGCGAUGCCGUGGGUGGAGAUAUCUUCAACUGCCGCCGCUUCUUUGGCCCGCAGCAUCAUCACCGUCGUCGUCAUCGCCAGCACCACCAUCACGAAGGGCCCACGGCGGAGGACAUGCUGAGUGCCGACGACGUGAGUUGCAGCAGCUCGCAGGUCAGCGCCAAGUCGGAGAAGAACAUGGCUGACUUUGACGGCGAAGAGUCGGGCUGCGAGGAGGAGCUGGUCCAGAUCAAUUCGCACGCCGAACUCGGCUCACAUCUGCAGCAGCACCUCCCCAACCUGGCGUCCAUCUACCACGAGCACCUGGUGCAAGGUCCGGCCGCGCACAAACACCCGUACUCGGGCAGCCACGCCGUGACCGACGUCAACCUGGACAACGUUUGCAAGAAGGGCAACACGCUGCUGUGGGACCUGGUGCAGGACGACGACGCUAGCCACCUGUCGGAGGGUCUGAUCAACGAGGCUGAGAAGCUGCUGUGCUCGCUGGUGUGCUGGUUCACCGACCGGCAGAUCCGCAUGCGCUUCAUCGAGGGCUGCCUGGACAACCUGGCGCACCACCGGUCCGUGGUGGUGUCGCUGAGGCUCCUGCCCAAGCUCUUCGGCACGUUCCAGCAGUUCGGCUCCAGCUAUGAUACGCACUGGAUCACCAUGUGGGCCGAGAAGGAGCUGCACAUGAUGAAGCUCUUCUUCGACAACCUCCAACACUACAUCCAGGAGGUCCGACGGCAGCGGCACAAGUUUGCGCUCUACAGUCACAGUGCCGAGGUACAGGUGCGCCUGCAGUUCCUCACGUGCGUCUUCUCCACGCUGGGAUCCCCAGACCAUUUCAGGCUGAGCCUGGAGCAGGUGGACAUCCUGUGGCACUGCCUGGUGGAGGAUGCCGAGUGCUACGACGACGCCCUGCACUGGUUCCUCAACCAGGUGCGCAGCAAGGACCAACACGCGAUGGGCAUGGAGACGUACAAGCACCUCUUCCUGGAGAAGAUGCCUCAGCUGAAGCCGGAGACCAUCAGCAUGACGGGCCUGAACCUGUUCCAGCACCUUUGCAACCUGGCCCGGCUGGCCACCGGCACCCUGGACAACGCCGCCAACUGCGAGCUUUGCGGGAUGGACCAGCUGUGGGGCAUCGCCCUCCGGGCUCGGUCGACCGACAUCAGCCGCGCCGCCAUCCAGUACAUUAACUCCUACUACAUCAACGCCGGUAAGACGGGCCUGGAGAAGGAGCAGGAGUUCAUCCGCAAGUGCAUGGAGAGUCUGCUGAUGGCGUCGGCCAACCUGGAGAAGGACGCGCAGUCGGGCCUGACCAGCAUCGAGAGGGGCCUGCUCAUGCUCAAGACGCACCUGGAGGCCUUCAGACGCAGGUUCGCCUACCACCUGCGACAGUGGCAGAUCGAGGGCACGGGCAUCAGCAGCCACCUCAAGGCGCUCAGCGACAAGCAGUCGUUGCCGCUCAGGAUUGUCUGCCAGCCCGCCGGACUGCCCGACAAGCAGAUGACGAUCGAGAUGUACCCCAGCGACCAGGUGGCGGACCUGCGCGCAGAGGUGACCCACUGGUAUGAGAACCUGCAGAAGGAGCAGAUGAACCAGCAGGCGCAGCUGCAGGAGUUCGGCCAGAGCGGCCGACCGCCGGGAGACUUCUCAGGGGCUCUGAUGGGACCCGUCCGGAUGAUCUCGUCGGGCCACGAACUGACCACCGACUACGACGAGAAGACUCUGCACGAGCUGGGCUUCAAGGACAUGCAGAUGGUGUUUGUGUCCCUGGGAGCGCCUCGGCGCGAGCGCAAAGGCGAGGGCGUGCAGCUGCCGGCGUCGUGCCUGCCCCCCCCGCAGAAGGAGCACAUCCCCAUGCUGCUGCUGCUGCAGGAGCCUCACCUCACCACGCUCUUCGACCUGCUGGAGAUGCUGGCCUGCUUCAAGGCGCCCAGCCCCGCCGCCGACCGGCGCCAGGACGCCCCGGAGACGGCUCGCAGUGAGGAACUGCACCUGCACGCCGAGAACCUUUCCCGCCGCGUUUGGGAACUACUCAUGCUGCUGCCCACGUGUCCCAAGAUGCUGCGGGCCUUCCAGAACAUCUCGGACGACAACACGGACGAAGGACCCUGCUGGAAGGAGCUGCUGAGGAUGAAAAGCGCCCACAAGCUGCUCUACGCGCUGGAGAUCAUCGAAGCGCUGGGGAAGCCCAACAGGCGCAUCCACAGGGAGUCCACGGGCAGCUACAGCGACUUGUACCCCGACUCUGACGACUCUAGCGAGGACCAGAUUGAGAACAGCAAAAACUCGUGGAGCUGCAAGUUUGUUUCAUCCGGCGGUCUGCAGCUGCUACUGGAGAUCUUCAAUUCUGCCAUCCUUGAGCCCAAAGACCAGGAGUCCUGGACUGUGUGGUUGCUGGACUGCCUGGCUUGCCUGCUGAAGCUUAUUUGCCAGUUUGCCGUGGACCCGGCCGACCUGGACCUGGCCUACCACGACGUCUUCUCCUGGUCCGGUCUGGCCGACGGCCAACGCAAGCGGACCUGGCCGGGGAAGUCGCGCAAGUCCGCUGUGGAGCACGGCAAAAGUCUCCACAUCCCCAGGCUCACGGAGGUGUUCCUCAGCCUGGUCCAAGGAACCAGCCUGAUCGAGCGGCUCAUCACAGUGGCCUACACCUACGACAACCUGGCGCACAGAGUUCUGAAGGCCCAGUCGGAUCACCGGUCUCGGCACGAAGUGACCCACUACUCCAUGUGGCUGCUGGUGAGCUGGGCCCACUGCUCGUCGUCCGUCAAGUCCAGCCUGGCCGACAGCGAGCGUCUCCACGACUGGCUCAGGAAGCUCACCCUGCUUGUGCCCGAGGCGGCGGUGCGCCACGAGGCGUGUAACGGCCUCUACAAGCUCUCCCUUUCGGGCCUGGAAGGUGGCGAGUCCAUCAACCGAUCGUUCUUGCUGCUCGCCGCCUCCACGCUGCUCAAGUUUCUGCCCGACGCACAAGCCGUCAAACCUCUCAGGGUGGAGGACUACGAGGAGGAGCCGCCCCUCAGAAGCGGUUGCAAAGAAUACUUUUGGCUGCUGUGCAAGCUCAUCGACAACAUCCACGUCAAAGACGCCACCCAGGUCUCUUCCCCUCUGUCGCUGGCGGGCUCGGUGCAGACCACCCUGCUGGACCUGGACGCCCUGACGCGACACCUGGCAGACUGCAUACGAAGCCGCGAGAUGCUGGACCAGCGGGACGGCAGCAUCGAGGACGACGGCCUGACGGGUCUGCUGCGGCUGGCGACCAGCGUCCUCAAGCACAAGCCGCCGUUCAAGUUCUCGCGCGAGGGCCAGGACUUCCUGCGGGACGUGCACAACCUCCUCUUCCUGCUGCCCAGCCUGGCCGACCGCGCGCAGCCCAAGUGCAAGUCGCACGCCGCCCGCGCCGCCGCCUACGACCUGCUGGUGGAGACGGUCAAGGGCUCGGCCGACAACUACCGCCUGCUGCACAACUGGGUCAUGUCGCAACACAUGCAGGCCUCGCACGCGCCGUACAAGUGGGACUACUGGCCUCACGACGACGUGCGCGCCGAAUGUCGCUUCGUGGGCCUUACCAACCUGGGCGCCACCUGCUACCUGGCCUCCACCAUCCAGCAGCUCUACAUGAUCCCCGAAGCCCGCCAGGCCAUCUUCACCGCCAAGUACGCCGAGGAUAUCAAACACAAGACGACGCUGCUGGAGCUGCAGAAGAUGUUCACCUACCUGAUGGAGAGCGAGAGGAAAGCGUACAACCCGAGGCCCUUCUGCAAGACGUACACCAUGGACAAGCAGCCGCUCAACACGGGAGAGCAGAAGGACAUGACCGAGUUCUUCACCGACCUGAUCACCAAGAUCGAGGAGAUGUCGCACGAGCUGAAGAACACGGUGAAGACUCUGUUUGGAGGCGUCAUCACCAACAACGUCGUAUCUCUGGACUGCGACCACGUGAGCCAGACGGCCGAGGAGUUCUACACGGUUAGAUGUCAGGUGGCCGACAUGAAGAACAUCUACGAGUCUCUGGACGAGGUGACCAUCAAGGACACGCUGGAGGGCGACAACAUGUACACGUGCUCGCACUGCGGGAAGAAGGUCCGUGCAGAGAAAAGGGCGUGUUUCAAGAAGCUUCCGGGCAUCCUGAGCUUCAACACCAUGCGCUACACCUUCAACAUGGUCACCAUGAUGAAGGAGAAAGUCAACACGCACUUCUCUUUCCCGCUCCGCCUCGACAUGACGCCCUACACGGAACGCUUCCUCAUGGCCAAGGGGGAGCGCAAAGAAGGUGAAUCCAAGCCCUCCGAGAGUUCCGAGUACGACCUGAUCGGCGUGACGGUGCACACGGGCACUGCGGACGGCGGCCAUUACUAUAGCUUCAUCCGCGACAUCGUCAACCCUCACGCGUACAAGAACAACAAGUGGUACUUGUUCAACGACGCCGAGGUGAAGCCCUUUGACUCGGCACAGCUGGCGUCCGAGUGCUUCGGCGGAGAGAUGACGACCAAAACGUACGACUCGGUCACCGACAAGUUCAUGGACUUCUCCUUCGAGAAGACGCAUAGCGCCUACAUGUUGUUCUACAAGCGCGUGGAGCUUCAGGAGGACAAUGCCAAGGAGUUCACCUUUGACGUUUCGCCGGACCUGCUGGAGUGGAUCUGGCACGACAACAUGCAGUUCCUCCAGGACAAGAACAUAUUUGAGCACACCUACUUUGGCUUCAUGUGGCACUUGUGCAGCAGCAUCCCCGGGACGCUGCCCGACCCCAAAGCCAUCUCCCUCAUGACGGCAAAGCUCAGUACUUCGUUCGUCCUGGAGACUUUCAUUCAUUCGAAGGAAAAGCCCACCAUGCUGCAGUGGAUCGAACUUCUCACCAAGCAGUUUAACAACAGCCAGGCAGCCUGCGAGUGGUUUUUGGACCGGAUGGCAGACGACAACUGGUGGCCCAUGCAGAUCCUCAUCAAGUGUCCCAAUCAGAUCGUCAGACAGAUGUUCCAGCGGUUGUGCAUCCACGUCAUCCAGAGGCUGCGUCCGGUCCACGCCCACCUUUACCUGCAGCCCGGCAUGGAGGACGGGUCCGACGACAUGGACGGCUCGGUGGAGGACAUCGGCAGCCGCUCGUGCGUGACUCGCUUCGUAAAGACGCUGCUGUCUAUCAUGGAGCACGGCGUCAAGCCGCACAGCAAACACCUCACGGAGUACUUUGCCUUCCUCUACGAGUUUGCCAAGAUGGGAGAGGAGGAGAGUCAGUUCCUGCUGUCGUUGCAAGCCAUCUCCAUCAUGGUGCACUUCUACAUGGGGACCAAAGGACCAGAGAAUACGCAGGUGGAGGUUCUGUCGGAGGAGGAGGGCGAGGAGGAGGACGAAGAGGAGGACAUCUUGUCCCUGGCCGAGGAGAAGUAUCGUCCGGCCGCUCUGGAGAAGAUGAUCGCCCUCAUCGCGCUCCUGGUGGAGCAGUCGCGCUCGGAGAGACACCUGACGCUGUCCCAGAGCGACAUGGCGGCGCUGACAAGCGGCAAAGGUUUCCCCUUCCUCUUCCAGCACAUCCGGGACGGCAUCAACAUCCGGCAGACGUGCAAUCUCAUCUUCAGCCUCAGUCGCUACAACAACCGCCUGGCCGAGCAUAUCGUGUCCAUGCUCUUCACCUCCAUUGCCAAGCUGACGCCCGAGGCUGCCAAUCCGUUCUUCAAGCUGCUCACCAUGCUGAUGGAGUUUGUGGGCGGCCCCCCGGGGAUGCCCUCCUUUGCCACGUACAUCCUGCAGAGGAUCUGGGAGGUGAUUGAGUACAACCCGUCUCAGUGCCUGGACUGGCUGGCGGGGCAGACCCCUCGCAACAAGCUGGCCCACAGCUGGGUUCUGCAGAACAUGGAGAACUGGGUGGAACGCUUCCUGCUGGCCCACAACUACCCUCGCGUGCGCACCUCGGCGGCCUACCUGCUGGUGUCGCUGAUCCCCAGCAGCUCCUUCCGCCAGAUGUUCCGAUCCACGCGCUCGUUGCACCUGCCCACGCGCGAGCUGCCGCUGCCGCCCGACACCACGGCCGUGCUGCACCAGGUGUACAACCUGCUGCUGGGCCUGUUGGGCCGCGCCAAGCUCUACGUGGACGCCGGCGUGCACGGCACCACCAAGCUGGUGCAGUACUUCAGCUUUAUGACCUACUGCCUCAUCUCCAAGACCGAGAAGCUCAUGUUCUCCCUCUACUUCAUGGACCUGUGGAACCUGUUCCAGCCCAAGCUCUCGGAGCCGGCCAUCGCCACCAACCACAACAAGCAGGCGCUGCUCUCCUUCUGGUACAACGUGUGCGUGGACUGCAGCGAGAACGUGCGGCUGGUGGUGCAGAACCCGGCUGUGACCAAGAACAUCGCCUUCAACUACAUCCUGGCCGACCACGACGACCAGGAGGUGGUGCUCUUCAACCGCGGCAUGCUGCCCGCCUACUACGGCAUCCUGCGCAUGUGCUGCGACCAGUCGCCCGCCUUCACCCGCCAGCUGGCCUCGCACCAGAACAUCCAGUGGGCCUUCAAGAACCUGACGCCGCACGCCAGCCAGUACCCCAGGGCGGUGGAGGAGCUCUUCAACCUGAUGCAGCUCUUCGUGGCGCGGCGAGCCGACAUGCGGGAGGACGAGCUGGAGGACGUCAAGCAGUUCAAGAAGACCACCAUCGGCUGCUACCUGAGAUGUCUGGACGGCCGCUCGUGCUGGACCACCCUCAUCAGUGCCUUCCGGGUCCUGCUGGAGAACGACGAGGACCGACUACUGGUGGUGUUCAACCGAGGGCUGGUCCUCAUGACGGAGUCGUUCGGGACGCUGCACAUGAUGUACCACGAGGCCACCGCCUGCCACGUCACCGGCGACCUGGUGGAGCUGCUCUCCAUUUUCCUGUCGGUGCUCAAGGCCACCAGGCCCUACCUGCAGCGCAAGGACGUGAAGCAGGCUCUGAUCCAGUGGCAGGAGAGAAUCGACUUUGCCCACAAACUCCUCACGCUGCUCAACUCGUACAGCCCGCCCGAGCUUCGCAACGCGUGCCUGGACACGCUGAAGGAGCUGCUGCUGCUCAGCCCGCACGACUUCCUGCACACGCUGGUGCCCUUCCUGCAGCACAACCACUUCACGUACCAUCACGGCAACAUUCCCAUGUCGCUGGGGCCGUACCUGCCCUGCCGAGAGAACCCGAAGCUGCUGGGGGGGGCCAAGAGCAACGUCCGCCCCCCGAGGCCCGAACUCAACAUGUGCCUGCUGCCUUCCAUGGUGGAGAGCGCAAAGGGCAAAGACGAGGGAUACGACCGCAUGCUGCUGGACUACUUCCUGUCGUACCAGCAGUUCAUUCACCUGGUGUGUCGCGUGGCCAUCAACUGUGAGAAGUUCAGCGACACGCUGGUCAAGCUGAGUGUGCUGAUGGCGUACGAAGGACUCCCUCUGCACCUCGCCCUCUUCCCCAAACUGUGGACCGAACUGUGCCAGUCGCAGUCGCUGCUGUCCAAGACCUGCGUGAAGCUGCUGUGCGACGACCCGACCUUCAGCGAGUACAUCAAGUGCAUCCUGAUGGACGAGCGCAGCUUCCUCAACAACAACGCCGCCUACGCCUUCCUCACGUGCUUCCUCCAUAAGGUGCAAGUGUUGUCGGGCGCCAGCUGCUGCAGCCUGGCGGGCGCGUUGGCGGCCAGCGUGCUGAAUCAGCACGGCGCCCUGCGGCCCGAGCUCGCGUCUGAUUGGCCGCAGCUCAGCAGCAUCGCCGCCCUGCUCAACGCGGACCUACGGGCCUUGACGCUGUUGCUGUCGGUGCAGUCGCCCCCGACCCUCGAUCCCGCCCUGGGCCCCGCCCUCCAAGAGCUGAUGGUCCGAUGCCGCCUCUGUGCGCAGCGCCGCGACGCCCUGGCAGCGGACGCGCACCGCCACCGCCAAGACGACGAGGAGGAGGGCGCCACCCCCGUGAAGCGGCGGCGCGUGAGCAGCGACGACGACGACGAAGACGACGAGCCAGCGGGGACGUCCGCCGCCGGUCCGCUGCCAUCUUGCGUCCCGCCGCCGUGCCCGGAGUCGUCGGAGCCCGAGCGUCAGGGCGCGCUGACGCCCCCCAGCACCUCCGACACGGAGACGCGGGACUCUUUGUCCCUCAUCGACCCGGGCACCGAGCAGGACCCCCCGUCCCCGCCAGUGGCCGCGCCCCCCUCACCCAAAGCGAACCAGAUGGACGAGCCGGACCGGAGGGUGGGCGAAGCCCGGGCCCCGCCCCUGCCGGAGGAUGCCGCCCUCCCGGCAGAAGAGGGGCCGGAGGACGUGCUGGACGUGUUGCGCAGGACGCUGGAAGCCGCUGUCGCCAUGGUUACCAAAUUGACUGUGCGAGCCCCGCCCUCCUCGUGACAUCAAUGGUCGCUGUGAGUCACCCCCCCCCCCCCCCCCCACCUCUGCUUUGUUGCCUUGGAGUCGCACAUUUUAGUUUUUUUUCUUCUUCAAAGGGCAAAGUGUUUUGUUGUUUUAUACAAAAAGUGAGGAUUUUUAUUUGCCGUAAUUUAAUUUUAUUGCGUUUUUACUCCUAGGUCCUUCCUCUCUGUGCCACUUUUUGUACUUUUGUCAACGACGAGGGGACGGGAUGAGUAAAAAAAAAAAAAAUGUUGCCUUGACUCGGGACGAGAACGCAAAUUUUAUUUGUACAUGAGAAGAACUGCGAGAGAAGUCACAAACUUGAUGCCUGGAGGUGUAAAUGAAAACUAUAUCUAUACAUAUAUAUCUUUAUAUAUACGUAUAUAUACGUACAUAGAGAGAGAUAAAUAUCUUGAUAUAUACGUAUAUAUAAAUAUCAAUAAAUACGAAUCUCUCUAUCUAGAUGAAAAGUGGUGCUUUAUUGCACUAUGGUGCAAAUAAAGCACCCGCCCCCCACCCCCCGUGUCGGACCAGUUGGCCGCUUUUGAUUUUCUUGACUGCCCUGACCAUUCCCGGCGACUGUACAGCUCUUGACUUUUAGGUGCUUGCUUUGUCAUUUUUCUUUCAUUUCACACACAAUCCAUCAAUAAAAAUCUUUAUUGACAA